GCCGACUGUCAGUAGUUCGAAAGCACAGGUUUAUGUGUGAAUAUAGCCCAUUUGGGCUUUUGCUGAAGAACUAAGAAUUAAGAGGAAAUUGCUUUGGACUGUAAAAGUGAAUUUACAUAUGUUGAACUUAAAGGUAUGCAAAACAGAGUGAUUAUUUAAUAUAAAGUGAAGUGCAGCGUGUCCUUCCCUCUCGGGGGCGGAAUUAAAAACCCGUUGCUUGUCUCCUCAAAGUGAAAGUGAAACUACGCACCUCCCCGCUUCUCCUGGCUCCUUCCGCACCGAUUUAAGAAUCCCAAGUAAUAUCUCUGGAGAUGCAUUUGACUCAGUGCUUCCUUUCGUGGAUGCCUUUGGCGUGCUUACCCAUGUAAAAAAAAAAAAGUGUAACGAAAUAAUAAAACGGUCCAGUUUGAAAUGGGGAGCUGCUGUGGUCACCAGUUACACUGUAAAGGGUCUGCUGAUGAAGGGAAGAGUUUGCUCAACGCUGCUGGGAACGCAGACACAAACAGUAAGCAGACCAGUACUGAAGAGAAUAAAGAGGAUGGAAACAAGGACGCUGCAUAUGAAGAAAGGAAUCUCAGAAAACCCAGCCAGCUGGACACCGCAAAGAAGAUGGAACGGUGUGGUGUUGAAGAAGACCUGAAUGAGUCCUCUCCAGAAACAGACAUCAGUUAUACAGAUGACCCUAUUCAUGAAAAUCACACAUGCAAGAACCAGAAUGGAGAUUCUGAGACAAGGAAAGGAUGUGUUGAAAGCAAAGAAUGCCCUAUUCCAGACCAUGUCGAGAGCUUGGCCACAAGUGUAGAUGCUUGUAUUGAACAGGCAGGAAAUGCACCUCCCCAGGACCUUCUCCAUGAUCCUGCAAGUGUACAUGGAGAAGCUCUGUUCCCAACAGCCACAGAUGUCUGGUCACACAAGGCUGGACACGAAUGUAAAGAUGAGAGGUCCCCUACAUCUGGGAGUGGACACUUGGAGACACAAUUUCUCAUACUUGAAGCCCAACAGGACAUGAAGGAUACUCAGGGAGAAGCAGGUCUUUGUGAAAAUGUACCUCAUCUAAAUGUCACACGUACUGCUGGUCAUGCUGCCCUCCUGCAAACUCACUCUGGGAAUGCUCACAUGAUGGAUCUGGGGGUCAUUGCUCCUGUGACUGAUGGAAAAUCGCAAGAAAGAGGCAGCAUUGGGCAGGACCGUUUGCUAGAACCUGCUGUGAAGUUGCUUAACGCAGUUACAAGUUCUGAGACCACCAGAGUAGAUGAACAGAACUGUGUAGUCAACUGCGUGAGUGAACUUCAGGCACCAGACCUUGAAGAACAGGUUGAAACCUGUGAGAGUUAUUCAGGUGGAGAAGACUUGAAUCAGCCUGUGGAUCUGCAAGAAGUGCCAUCCCUGGAUGACUUGGUGGAAGAGGAAGCUGAACAGCAGAAACCAGGAUCAGAAGAAGGAAUAGAGGAGGAAAAGGAGGAAAGGACUUCAGCUGAGGAGAGCAAGGCCAGUGCGAGGGGGAAGGAGCAGAGCAGCCCGUCUGAAAUCCUGGCUCAGGUUCCGGAAGAAGCCGAAGAUGUAGACACCACUCAAUCCGUAGAGGUGACAACAGAAACGAUAGCAUUAGAGAGUGAAAACAUCAGUGAAGAGGACUUGUACCGAGGCGAAGAUGAAAUUAUACAAGAGAAUAUUAAAAAGAUGGAACUACUUAGUCAGGUGGCCGCCCCAGAAGUACAAGAUAAGUGCAGCGUGAAAGCUGAGGUCGACGUUCUCACGUACAGUCAGCGUGAGUGGAAGAGCAACACAGCCAAAUGUACCUUGAUCAGAAAGGGCUACGAGGUGGUAGCGCAGAAUUUUGGGAGCCUUCGAAGAGUCCGAGGAGAUAAUUACUGCGCCCUGAGAGCCACCCUCUUCCAAGUCCUCACCCAAAUUGAAGAGCUUCCUGCCUGGAUUCAGGAGGAAGACCUCAUUCUGCCACCAGAGAAGAUGCUCGCAGAGAAGGAGCUUGUCGGAUCGUGGCGGUUUCCACUGCAGUGCCAUGCGACCGAAGCACUCAGCACCACGGAGCAGCUGACGCAUGCCCUGCAGCUUCUCAGGAACACGUUCCAGGAGGCAGUGCAGGUGGGUGACGCCGAGGAGAGGCAGAAGAUCUGUGAGCAGGUCUUCCAAGGCGGCGAGGAGGAGUAUGGGCUGCUGGAGGCGCUGAAGCUACUGAUGCUGCGGGCAGCAGUGGAGCUGCAUGCUUGCAUGCAGCGUGGCGACGAUGUGCCCAUCUUCUGCUGGCUGCUCUUUGCACGCGACACCUCCGGGGACCCAAGCACGUUCCUUGCCAACCACCUGAGCCAUGUGGGUUUCACCGGGGGUCUGGAACAGGUGGAGAUGUUUCUGCUGGGGUACACCCUGCAAAGGACCAUCCAAGUCUACCGUCUCUAUAAAGUGGACACAGAAGAGUUUGUGACCUACUACCCUGACGACCACAAAGACGACUGGCCCUGUGUCUGUCUUGUCACCGAGGAUGAUCGUCACUACAACGUCCCCGUGAACAAACUGGCAGAACCCAAAAUCCCAGAAGCCCACGUAACAUCUUGAUUUGGGCGAGGCAGCCCCACAGAGGACCAAGCUCUGAAGGAAUACCCCCAAGCAGCUGACACUUACCAUAAUCUGCUCAAAAUAUAAUUCUCAGGCAAAUAUCCAUUAAAGAAUGCGUGACGUUAAGUACUGUCGUUUUCCGCACCAACGAGGCAGAGGUCGUACCAACUUCCUUUAGCUUGUUUAUCCAGAGCACCAGAAACAUAAUGUAUUUUUCCAUGACAAAAACAAAAGUCUUUGAACUGACAUCUUUGGCAGAUGACAGCAAAAAUAUCAAAGACGAUUAUGGAGGGAAUCCAAUGAUGAUUUUCUUAAUUCCCCCAAACUAGCAGUAGCCAGUCUCCCAAUUUUACAAAGAUUUUACGUUUAACGUAUAAGAAAAAGCCCUAUAUUGAAAUUGAACUACUAUUAUACUCCAUACAAAAUGUUUACGGAAGAGAAUCUACAGUUAAAUCUGACAAAUUAACACCAAUAUGCUUAUUUUGCCCCCGUUUGUGUUUAUGCGAAAUUACAGCAAUUCAGCCCCUGCUAACUUAUUAUACUCUUCCACAUCUCAGGCUAUCCAGAUUAAAAAUUACCAGCACCUACCUAUAAAGAGUAAUGCAGCUGCCAUACCGUUAGGUCAAGGCAGACAAACUAUAUAACGGCAAAUAUAUAUUUUUAUAACUUCAACAGUUUUGGGUUUUCAGUGUAAUGAAUACACAUUGGCUUCAACAAUAAAUAAGACAAACAUUUAUUGACUAAACAUUGUUCUGAUAUUAUAUGUGUUUGAACUGGGGUGUACCUGUCUCUUACUGAAAUAAAAUAUUUAUUUUUGUGCUUUGUA